CCUAGGUUGACCGAAAAACAAAAACGUUCUAAUGAAAAAGGUCAAAAGAUUUGAAACGCAAAGGUUUCCUUGAACUUCACGCCACGGUGAAUCACUGAUCCCAUCACUAGAUCUCUCUCUUCUCCGCAGCAGCUAUGAUUUCACCCACCAAAAUCAAAUCCGUUGAUUUCUACAGGUUCGAUCCUCAUUUCUUAUUUGCCUCUGAUGCAUGUGCGCAUGCAUGUACAUUCACAUUGUUGGAUUGAAAUUAUCCAUUUUCUGCGUUGGUUUUCAUUGUCCUUGAUAAUUCUUUCAAUGAUCUGACUUUCGAGGUGCCUUGUUGUUCAAGGAAAAUACCGAGAGAUUUGUCAGAGGCAUCUCUCUCAGGUGCUGGCUUAUCCAUCGUAGCUGCUCUCAUUAUGAUGCUUCUCUUUGGAAUGGAGCUGAGUAGUUAUUUGGAAGUCACCACUACAACUGCUGUCGUUGUUGACAACAGCUCUGAUGGGGACUUCUUACGCAUUGAUUUCAACAUCAGUUUUCCUGCCCUUUCAUGUGAAUUUGCAUCCCUUGAUGUGAAUGACGUGUUAGGAACAAACAGGUUGAAUAUAACAAAAACUGUUCGGAAAUUUCCAAUCGAUCCGCAUUUAAAGGCCACAGGUGGAGAGUUUCACUCUGGCAUUGCAUCACAUCACAUCAACCAUGGAGAAGAAAUUAAGCAAGAGUUUCCUGAUGGUGCCACACCAUUAACCAAUGGUGGUUUUGACUUAUUGUCACAACACUUUCCGUUAUUGAUUGUUAACUUUAAUGCACCAUGGUGUUACUGGAGUAAUCGUCUGAAACCGUCUUGGGAGAAAGCAGGUACCAUCAUAAAACAGAGAUAUGAUCCUGACACUGAUGGGCGUGUUCUUCUAGGAAGUGUUGAUUGCACAGAAGAACCUGCGCUAUGUAGGAGGAACCAUAUACAAGGCUAUCCAUCUAUUCGGAUUUUCCGCAAAGGCAGUGACCUUAAAGAGGACCAUGGACACCACGAACAUGAAUCUUACUAUGGAGAUCGGGACACAGACAGUAUAGUUAAGAUGGUGGAUGAACUGGUAGCACCAAUCCACCCGGAGACACACAAGCUAGCUUUGGAUUGGAGUAUAUCCAAUGACACAGCAAAACGUCUUGAAAAGGCACCAGUUACAGGAGGUUGUAGAGUUGAAGGCUAUGUGCUUGUAAACAAGGUUCGAGGAAACCUCGUUAUCUCAGCUCAUUCAGGAGCUCACUCGUUCGACUCUUCUCAGAUGAACAUGUCGCAUGUGGUUAACCAUCUUUCAUUUGGGAGGCUGAUUGAUCCUACGUUGAUGACCGAUGUGAAGCAGUUGAUGCCAUAUCUUGGCUAUAGCCAUGAAAAGCUGGAUGAAAAAUCAUUCAUAAACCAUCACGAGUUUGGUGCCAAUGUUACUAUCGAACACUACCUACAAAUAGUGAAAACAGAGGUUAUUACAAGAAGAUACGGUCAAGAACAUUCAUUGAUCGAGGAAUAUGAAUACACCGCUCACAGCAGCAUAGCUCAGACUUACUACUUACCCGUUGCAAAGUUUCACUUAGAACUCUCUCCCAUGCAGAUUGUAAUAACUGAAAAUCCAAAGUCCUUCUCACACUUCAUCACAAAUCUUUGCGCCAUCAUUGGUGGUGUUUUCACGGUUGCAGGAAUAAUAGAUUCGGUUUUACACAAUACAAUAAGACUGAUAAAGAAGGUUGAACUUGGGAAAAACUUUUGAUUGGCUGCUGGAGGUUAGAGUUUACCAUUAAUCUAUAGAACC